CCGGAAGUGAUGCAGGGAGGCUAAGCCCGACGUGGGAGUCCGUGGCUGUGAGCGCUGGAGGAAAUCAGUAAUUUUAUCAACACACCCAAGAUGUUUGAAUUCUGAUGUCAGAAACCAGCAAGAAUUGAACAGUCGCCAGGAAGAGGAGCAUUUGGCAGGAUGUCUGCACAUCUUUCCACAGUUGGGUUCUGGACUUCAUGAAUAUCCAGAUGGCCUUUGAAGAACCAGAUCCACAUCGUUGGGCUCAUGGUCUGUGCAUUCACUGAGGGAAAAGCACCCCCUUUGGAAUACCUUGUCAAAACAAACUGGGAGAAAGUUGAAUUUACAUGUUGCUUCACGGCAGCCACUCAUGCUUCUGACUCACAGAGCCCUUCAUUUUCCUCCUGGGAUUUUGUAAGCCCUUUCCCUGUUUUCCAUAGCAGUCCACAGAGAGACCUAGAUGCUUGGGAGCAGAGUGGGGCUAAAUGGUGCAAUCCCUUGCCGCGUUUUGGAGGACAUUGUAUUGCUUGACUGUCGCUGGUGGCAUGUUGAGGCCCGCUGAGCAGCGGUGGAGUGGGUGUGCGAUAGCAAGAGGCCUGCUCUAACAGCCAGGCGUGCAACAAUAUGGGCCAGUGCGUCACCAAGUGCAAGAAUCCAUCAUCCACCCUUGGCAGCAAAAAUGGUGAUCGAGAGUCAAGUGGCAAGACUCACGGCAAGCGCAGCACAAUCUACAAAGAGGAGCACAGCACAGGAAGUGGGAAAUCUUCUGGUGACAUCCUUGUUAAUGGGACUAAGAAGAUGGAGGCUGCUGUAGAAUCCAGCCAGCUUCCCACUUCCUCUGGGGACUUCAAAAAAGAACCUGUUUCUGGCAUGGAGGAGUCAUCUCUCCACAGAACUGAGGAAUUAUUUAGGAGAUACAAAGAUGAGCGAGAAGAUGCCAUAUUAGAGGAGGGCAUGGAGCGCUUUUGUAAUGACCUCUGUGUUGACCCCACCGAAUUCAAAGUGCUAGUCCUGGCAUGGAAAUUCCAAGCGGCGACCAUGUGCAAAUUCACAAGAACGGAAUUCUUUGAGGGCUGCAAAGCAAUAAACGCGGACAGCAUUGAUGGGAUUUGUGCCCGAUUUCCCAGCCUCUUAAACGAAGCCAAACAAGAGGAUAAGUUCAAGGAUCUCUACCGUUUUACUUUUCAAUUUGGCCUGGACUCCGAAGAGGGGCAGAGGUCACUGCACCGAGAAAUAGCCAUUGCUCUCUGGAAACUGGUCUUCACGCAAAACAAGCCCCCCAUAUUGGACCAGUGGUUACACUUCUUGAACGAGAACCCCUCAGGAAUCAAGGGAAUCUCCCGGGACACGUGGAACAUGUUCCUAAAUUUUACUCAGGUCAUUGGGCCAGACCUUAGCAAUUACAGUGAAGAUGAGGCUUGGCCCAGUCUCUUUGAUACCUUUGUGGAAUGGGAAAUGGAGCGGCGAAAGAAGGAAGAAGACACCAAAUGUGUUGCAGCUUCACAGACAGUGGAUCUGUGUGUAGACCGUGAUACUUAGCAGCCUUUUAACUUAGCUGCUGCCUCCUGUUAACCGUUCUUGACCUGUAAGCUCUGGACUCCUCUGGAAUUUACAGAUGCUCCAGAUUUUUCUACUUUCCACCUUUCUCUGCCUUGUAUUUCGAAAGGGCUCUAAAAUGCUGUAUCUAUAUUUUAGGCACUUUCUUUACAUUUGGGGUUAUUCCUGUUUCUUCUUUUCCUGAAAUGUUUGACCCUGGCUGCAAGUUAAAUGAAUUUUUUUUUAAAAGUUUGAAAUUUGGUAUAAUUACGUCUUGAUGUCGGUUACACAACUUUUUUUUAAAAGGUUUUUUUGUUUUUGUUUUGGGGUAUUUUUGGGGUGAGGUUAAAUUAACAUCGCUAAAUUAUACCGUUGCCAGAUUGAAGUUCUGCAGAUCCGCAUCUUUUUUUAAUGUUUUCAGGGCAGGUCUAUACUGUGUGUAGUGCUGUUUACAUUAUUGAAUUUUUUUUAAAUAUUGUGAUAAUUUUAAGAUUUAUACCAUGAGUUCAUAACAGUGUUAACUGUUAACUACAAAUGCAUUUAAUUCCC